AUGCACGCCGCAGGCGCGGGGUGCGACAGGGCCGUGCUGGCGCUGCUGCUGUCGGCGGGCGCCAACCCGCGGCUGAUGGACGACGAGAGGCGCUCCGCGCUGACCUUCGCUGUCGUCGCGCAGCGCCUGCAGCCGCUUCCGCGCGUCGACGCAGCCGGCCGCGCCCCGCGCCACCCCCGGGACUCCCCGUCGCCUCCGCCCCCUGCUGCCCCCGCCCCCGACGGCGCGCACGGCGUGGACGGCGCCGCCGCGGGCGGCGCGCUGCAGACGCACGGCGGCGUGCUGCGGGUGCUGCUGUCAUACGGCGCCCUCGACCUGCACCCCGCCUCCAUCAACACGCGCUACCCCGGCCUCGACGGCCGCGGCCAGCUGCACGUCGCCGUGCGCCGCGGCGACGCGCGCGCGGCCGAGGUGCUGCUCGCGUCGGGCGCGGACGCGGGCGCGCGGGACGGGGCGCACGGCAACGCGCCGCUGCACUACUGGGGUAUCCCGCUCGCGUGGGACGCGGACGCGGCGCAUGAGAUAGUCGAGGCGCUGCUGCACCACGGGGCCGACCCCAACGCGCGCAACGCGGCCGGGCUGCAGCCCCUGGACCUCGCCUGCCUCAGCAGCCACGACCCCUCCGCCCCCGGGCCGCGCCUCGACGCGGCCGCGGCUGCCGCGGCGGCGUCGGGCGCCCCGGCGGUGGCGCCGCGGUGCGUGCCGAUCCAUGCUCUGCUGGUGGCGCACGGGGCCGAGCACAGCCGGCGCUUCAGGGAGGCGCCGACCAUCGUUCGCACCAAGAGCCUCUCGAGCGUGCUGUUCGCGACUGCCAGCUUUGGCAGCAUCCACGGCACGCGCUCCAACCCCCGCGCCGCGCCGCCGGGCGCGGGCCUGCCGCCGCGCGCGCCGGCUCGCGACGCAGUAAGCGCCCCCGGUGCCCGCGGGGCGUGGUGA